AGACGAGACUGAUACAGCAGAAGAGAAAAGAUCCUGAGGACAUCAUCUAGAGUUUCACCGGUGAAGGCUCGUGUUAGUUCCCGUGUUGGUGUUUACUGAGUGGUCAGCCUCCAGAGAGCUGUCACGCUGUAGGGCUGCCGCUUCGGGUCGCGUCCUUUGUUCUUCCUCAGGAUCUCACUCGGCCAGCUUGGAUCCAGGGUUAAAAACAUUGAAUUGUUCAGCUGAAAUUCCGGGGUCCUGCAGAACCCUCAUUGUUCCUCCUCCCCACAACCUUUGCACUGAGCUGAUAUUGCGUCUUUCCUUAAACAGACUGAUCAAAACCCUGAUUUACUUCUUGAUAUCAGAUACCAGCAACCAGACACCAAUCAUGGCACAAUUUCAUUGUUCCUCUCAAAGGAAAGAAGACAUGAAAAAACAACUGAAUGAAAUCAGUAGAACCAGCAGAUCAAUAAAAGGAUUCAUCACCAGAUAUAUUCUAAACACCAAGACAGUACUUGAUGGUGAAAGUGUGAAGAGAGUGGCAUUUGGAGAAAAACAGAAAAACAAACCUCAUAAAACCAUAUUAAUAGUUGGAGAAACUGGAGUGGGGAAGUCGACUCUCAUCAACUCCAUGGUCAACUACUUGCUGGGUGUCGAGAGUGAAGACAGAAUUUGGUGUGAGAUCAUAGAGACAAAAGGAGACCAAACUGAUUCUCAGACUCAUGCAGUCACAGUGUAUGAUGUGUUUACUGAACACUGCCCAUUCUCUCUGACCGUCAUCGACACACCGGGAUUCGGAAGUACUGAAGGAAAAAAGGAGGAUUUGAGUGUUGCUGAAAGUUUACAUGAGUUAUUUAAAUCUAAAAAUGGAGUUCAUGAACUUGAUGCAGUGUGUCUGGUGAUGUUCUCCAGCACUGUUCGACUCACUGAAAGACUGUACUAUGUUUUCAAUGCAGUUCUCUCCUUAUUUGGCAAUGAUGUGGAGAAAAAUAUUGUCCUCUUCAUCACACAUGCAUCAGCAAAGUCUAAUAAUGCCAUUAAAGCCAUCAAGGAAUCCAAAGUCCCAUGUGCCCUGACUGCUGAAGGAGAUCCUGUGUAUUUCAGAUUCAACAACAGUCACUAUGAAGACUUUGAUGAUGAGAAAAUAUCAGAUGAUUAUCAAGCAUCAUUGAAACUGUUAAACACAACCAUGGAGAGCUUUCUGACCUUUCUGAAAGAAAUUAAACCCAUAAACCUGAAGAAAACUGAGGAAGUGCUGAGAAGCCGCAAACAACUGACUGCAUCCAUCUCCAAUAUACAGGAUAAGAUCAAACUAAUGGAACUGAAACAGAAAGAGCUCAAGGACACAAAAGAGGCUUUAAAGAAACACGAGAAAACAAUCGACAGCCAAAACUGGGAAUAUUACGUAAAUGAACCUUACAAAGAAAAGGAAUCAAUAAAAAAAAGCUUUUGGAGCAUGUUCCCAGAAGCCACUUGCUGUAGAGUCUGUGAGGAGAACUGUCAUUACCCAGGAUGCUGGUGGGUCAGUGAUCUCUCCUGGUGUAGUGUCAUGGACAGUAUGGGAAAUUGCACAGUGUGUACUGGAAAGUGUCACUACACUAAACAUGUUAAAGAGGGGAAAAUCUAUGUGACGAAGACAAGGAAGGUCAAGAAGACUAAGGAAGAUCUGAAAAAGAAAUACGAGACAAAGUAUGGCGACAUCAAGAACUUUAUGAGUGGAAUAGAGAAUGACGUGAGAGAAAUGGAAAAAGAGAAAAUCAGACUGGUGAAAGAGUGUCAUGACUGUGUUAUCUUGAUGGAGGACAUCGCCUUGAAGAGUGACUCUGUGUUUACGCUGCAGCAUCUGGACUUUCUGAUUGAGAAAGUGAAGGAAACAGGAAACACAGAUCAAGUGCAGAAACUUGAAGAGAUGAAAAAAAGAAUGGAGGAAAAUUCAGCAAAGGCGUUUUCUGUUUUUAAAUCCAUGCAGUAAAUAAUGCACUAAAUCUGUCAUUUCUUUUAAAGUUGUGAAAUUUUCUCUAUAUUGGAUCAUCACAUCGAACCCUCUAACAUAAUACAACAGUAACAAUAUCACUAAAUAUGACUUUAAAUUAAUAACAUUCAUUAUAUAUUCAUCAGGAUCAUUUAAAUUCCAAGAGUUAAUGAACAUAAAAUAAGAGUAAUGAUGAUCUUACAUAAGUAUUCAUUAAAACUUCUAUUUGUUUGUAUAACCUAUGUAUUUUCUAUUUUCUUUAUGUGAAAAUGAGUAGUCCAGCGAUUAGUGAAUUUUAGCACAGGAUUUGUUUGCUUCUGUCAGGAGGUUCAUAUGUGGAAGUAGAUUCAACAAUCAUUAUGUAAUCAUUUAUUUUGACACAAUCUGGUCAUUAAACAUGAUUCUCAAAUGGCCUUGUGGAGCUCCUCACAGUUCUGUAUGGAAUAAAGAUAAAACCUAAAAACUAAAGAUGUGAUAAACAACUCUUCAGAGAAGAUGAGAUCUGACUUUGUUGGUGAAUUGUUCAUAGUUACAUCAUCAGGUCUUUCUUAAUUCCUUGUUUGUGAAAACUACAUGAAAAAGAAGAAGAAGCUCAGUGUGGCUAGAAAAAAGACAUGAAAGAAAGGAGAAAGAAGCAGCCUGGUGGUGGUUCAGCAAACACAACUAGUGCAGGAACUUGAAGAACUGGUGACCAGCUCCCAGAACUUUCUGGAACUCAUGAGAAGAUGAUUUUCAGCUGGAUGCAUGUCAAUCUUUAUAAUCAAUGUCUGAUCCUCCACAACAUCCUUCAACAUUGGUCUAUGAUCACUUUCAUGAAUGGUUUCCUACAUAACCCACAAUAGCAGUCGACUUCCUGAUGGUGGAUCAGUGGGGUUUGUCUUCAUCUUUACUUCAUCUUCUACUCCAGUCCUUUUAUUCUGACCAGCUCACCUUCCUCCUCAUCUAUACACCCUGCUCAAACAGAACAAACUUGAAAGCCCUCUGGCUGUGAAGAAGCAUGAAGUCUGAACCCCAAUAGACUCCAUAAUACUCAAAUUCUCUGUUCCUGGACUGUGGUAUCUUUAGUGUUAGACUGGUAACAGCUCGCACAUGCCUCCUGUGGUCAGUAGGACCUCGGGAUGAAUAAGCUUUGCUCAUUAACAGUAUAGUGUAUGAAUAGAUUACUGUCCUGUCUCUCUGAAACAUCUGUGUACUCUGCUUGUGUACUUGUGUGCUAGAUUUAUACACCACAGUUACUGCAUGAACUUUAAUGAAUCUUCUUUACCUAAAUUAUCUGUAGGAGUGGAUGCACUGUGCUUCUGCCAUGUAAUUGGCUAACUGGAUAAAUGUACAAGUGUUCCUAUUAAUGUGGCAGUGAGUGUUAAUAAACUAUAUGUUUUAAGUUCA